UUGCAUUUUUGCAUGAACUUUCAUUGGAAUUGGUUGAGUUGCUGAUGUUGGUUGAUUUUGGUUACGUUUGGAAAGAUCAGAUGGUGUGCGGGUGAAAGAGUACAGAAUUGGUUCAAAUUAAUUGAUUUACAAAACGUUAAUUGUUUGCAAAUUUGUUGAUUAGUUGAAACUACUUUGUAUGAGUGUCACAUAUGAAAAGUGAACAUUUUUGAAAUAAUCAACCUAACUUCAUAAUCUGAAUAGAGAAUAAUAAAAUCAAUACUAUUUUGAAAAUACUCUAAUGUUGUACUCGUACAAAAAUAAAAAUAAUUGAAUAAAAAUAAUCACAGUGCCUGGAUGUACUACAGUGUUUUUUGUUUCAAAGUGUAAAAAUAUUUUGCGAACUACUGUGAGAAGUAAACUCAUAACAAAAAAGGUAAAAAAAAUCAACAAAAAACAAACGACCUUUUCGCAAUGACGCAAACUACGCCAGCUGGCUCCGGUGGGUCCAAUGUCAACAAUUUGAUGACGACAAGUAGUACGCCAAUACGCAUAGGUAGCGGCUUGAGCAGUUAUCAUGGCAGCAGUUCAGCUUCUGUUGCCACACCUCAUCAAGCAAUAACCGGAAAUGAAUCAUCUUCACCGGGUGGCGGAGGCAGUGCUGGAGCUGGCACAACAGCAGCGCCACAAUCUAGUAGCGUACCAAGUGGGGCUGCUGAUAAUCUGCGUCAGCAGCUACAAAGUCAAAUUUCAUUGUCAAUGGGCGCCUCAAAUCAAUCUUUGGGCGUAAGUGCGGGUGCUGUAGGCGGUACAAGUAUUACGCCUCCCAACAGUGCAGGACUAAGACAAACUGGAGCUUUUGAUUUCAAGUUUAUACGGCGCGCAUCUUCAAAAGUUCUAUUGCCAAAACUUCCGUCCACAGAUAGCUUGAGCAACAGUCCGGGUCCAUCAACGCCAGGACUUGCCAGUUGGGCAACAGAUAGUCGUGACAAAUAUGAUGGCAAUCAAACUGAUAAGAUAUCGGGUGAUCCCUCCAAACUCAAUCGGAAGGAAUCCUAUAAAGCGCAGCGUAAAAAUUAUCGCCGGGAAAAGAAACGUGUUGCAUCGGAAUUGCUGAAUUCACUGCAGGAUCCCACUGUCGUGGUGUUGGCUGAUUGGCUUAAGGUACGCGGUACACUAAAGUCAUGGACAAAACUAUGGUGUGUACUCAAACCUGGCAUGAUGUUGCUCUACAAGACACCCAAAUUGAAGAGCAGCCAUUGGGUUGGCACAAUUAUGCUGACAUCAUGUCAAGUCAUCGAACGGCCGAGUAAGAAAGAUGGAUUCUGUUUCAAGCUUUUCCAUCCAUUGGAACAGUCGAUAUGGGCGCCACGCGGACCAGAGAAGGAGACUAUAGGCGCAGUCGUUCAACCCUUACCAACCGCUUACCUGAUAUUCCGUGCACCCAGUCAGGCGGCUGGUAAAUGUUGGAUGGAUGCACUGGAGCUCUCCUUGCGCUGUUCAGCAUUACUCCUGCGCUCGAACAGUAGUAUGGGCGCAGUGCAGGGUACCAGCGCCAAUGACAGUGCGCAAAUAUCACACGAGACGCAGUGGUCAGAGGCGGAUUACGAGAAGCAUUUCAACGAACAUGAAGAUCCAAACAUUGAGGGCUUCUCACCGAGUGGCAGUUUACUACAAAAACGCUUCACCCAAUAUCUAAUGGUGCCUGAAUUGAGCAAAUCACACGCUAGUUCCGACACAAGCCUACCAUCCCGUACACAGACACCAAUCUUCCAACAACUCUACUCUACAAUGACAAAUUUUGAACGUAUUGUUGCCAAUUCAGCAGAGAAAAAUUUACGCAGACUUCGUAAAGCAAGACAUUUAGGCAAACGUGACUCAUUCGAGGGCAUGAGUUCAUUGGGUGAUCUUAGUGAUGUUUCAAGUAUUGACUUUCCAGCUCACACACUGGAAACACAUCAAUCGUUGAAAUUGAAGGCGCGUCGACAAAAUCAAUUCAUGAAAUCUGCUUCAUUAGGUCCGUUAUCGCACGUUGAGACAUCGUCAUCUGGUGAUUCCGUAGAAGAAUCUACAGAGCUGCAGGCAAGAGCAAUCGCUUCGCGUGCGCUGAGUGCACCACCAUUUGUGCUCAACGUCAAGGAUCUUGAUGGCGAUAGUCAAAAUGAAGGCGGUCCAGCUGCUAUGUCUGGCGUUGAUACAGAAUCCGAGUCAGAACCAGAAGCUGUGGUUGAAGAAGAGCCGGAAACACCAUAUGUGCCACUGACCGAAGAAGAGUUUGGCUCUGUCGGCGAGCAGGUGGAAGAGCUUGCAGAGGAGAAUAAAAGUUUAAUUUGGAUUUUGGUUAAGCAAGUGCGUCCAGGCAUGGAUUUGAGUAAAGUGGUUUUGCCGACAUUCAUACUCGAGCCACGCUCAUUUCUGGAUAAAUUAUCAGAUUCGUAUUACCAUGCCGAUCUCUUGUCGAGGGCAGUCACCGAAGACGAUCCAUUUACGCGCAUGAAAACCGUCGUUCAAUGGUAUUUAUCUGGUUUCUAUAAAAAACCGAAAGGUCUAAAAAAGCCCUAUAAUCCCAUAUUGGGUGAAACGUUCCGUUGCUAUUGGGAGCAUCCGAAUGGUAGCCGUACUUUCUAUAUUGCCGAACAGGUGUCCCAUCAUCCACCGGUAUCGGCAUUUUACGUAACAAAUCGCCAGGAUGGUUUCUGCAUCAGUUGCUCCAUCUUGGCUAAAUCGAAGUUCUAUGGCAACAGCACCUCUGCCGUACUGGAAGGUGUUGCCACACUCACGCUGCUACCACGUGGUGAAAAAUACACAUUAAAUACGCCAUAUGCCCACUGCAAGGGCAUACUCGUCGGUACACUGUCCAUGGAGUUGGGUGGUAAAGUUAACAUUGAGUGCGAGAACACCGGUUACAAGACGGAACUGGAAUUUAAGCUGAAACCAUUCCUAGGCGGCUCCGAUUAUACAAAUUUAAUAUCGGGUAAAAUUAAAUUGGGUAAAGAAACCAUGGCCACUAUAAAUGGUCACUGGGAUACUGAAAUGACAAUCAAAGAAGCUAAAACUGGCGAAGAGACAAUACUCUUUAAGGCAGAUCCCGAAACAAAACAAAAACGCUUGGUACGCUAUGUUGUGCCGCUCGAUGCGCAAUUGCCAAACGAAUCGGAGCGUUUGUGGGAGAAGGUGUCGCUAGCGAUACGAAGUGAUGACCAAGUUGGUGCUACCGAAGAGAAGACCGUUUUGGAGGAAGCGCAACGUAAUGCAGCAAAGGAUCGCAAAGCGUCGUUCACCGAUUGGAUACCAGUGCACUUCAAUUAUGAUCCGAUUGUGGCGCAGUGGGAGUAUAGAUAUGCCGAUUUGCGUCCCUGGGAUCAACGCAACGAUGUUAGGCAAUACGAAGCAAAGUAUAAAGUGCUCACAAAGACACGCCAUCGUGCGCCAAUGGUGCGUAAUCCGAGCAUCGUAACUGCCGAUCCAAUGCAGUUAAUUAAAUCAUCUUCUCUAUUGAAGGUUAAACAUAAAAGUCUAUCGAUUUUGGGUCUCACACAUGAUGAUGAUAAAUCCGAGUCGAGUUCUAAUCCGGAUGCUGGGAAAACACCACAUCAAACACCGGGUAAAACAAUACGAAGACUAGCAACGGCCAUAGAAAAAAUGAAUCAUACACUCGAGGAGCAAACUAAGCAAUUACGUUUGAUUCAAACCAAUUUGGAUAGACUUCACUACAAUCCAAGGCUAAUGGUGCCCCCCAGCGGACGAUUUUCAGAUAUGGUGCCGCGUACUGUUCCCCAAACGGUGGUUAUAAAAUCAAUGGUCUAUGCAUUCGUUGGUUUGGCCGCGUGCUUUGUUAUGAAAUGGAUGUUCAAGUAAAAUGGAUGCCGGCGAAAAAAUGGCGUAAUGUAUGAAUGAAAACUUAAAUCGAAUAGGUAUCCCAUAUGACGUUCGAAUUUCGGAGUUGUUUUUGUGGAUUAAACGAGUAAAUAAAAGCCUAUAGAGUACCCUUAAACCGUAUUGCUUAAAAUUACGGUUUCAUAGCAUCCAUAUUAUUUCUCCAACUUUAAUAUCGGUUUUAGCAUAAUAUGUACUAUAUAGUAUUACCUCAAUUUAAUUAAUAUAAGCAAUUAUUAUUUAACUUAUUCCUAUAUAUUUUCUUAUUUUCGUUGUAAACAUGACAAGAAAGAAAUGCAACACUCUAAAUGAUCUUUCACACUGUUAACCAUUGUAUUUGCAUACAGUUAUUGUGUAUUGGUAUGUGAAAGUCUAAAAAGAUAUGUUGGCCAAUAUGUCUUGAUAUAUUACUUUACUCUCUGCAUAGCUAAUUCAUGAAGAAAGUUGCUGAAAACUUGGGAGAAGUUAAGAAUUACAAGUAAAGAGUGCGUUGAACUCGGUCACUAAUGCAACAUUUUUCCUCAAUACUGAAGAAUGUAUUAAUUGAGUAAACAUUUUUUGCCAAAUGCGCCGCGAUAUUUGCUCUAUUAAUUAUAUGUACAAAUAAGUUUUCACUGGAACACCUUGCGUAUAAAUAAACAAAGAAGCGUGAUUUUUUCCUUAUUGUCCCUCCAUUCAAUUCGCAAAAAAUAAAAACACAAAGAGAGAAAUUAUUGCAUAUUCAAUGUCCGAGUUCGCCUCUGAGCUACAUAUUAUUAUUACUGUAAAAUGCCUAAGAAAUUUAGUUUCCUUAUAUAGACAAUUUAUAUAAGAUAUUUAUGAGAGCUUACAAAUUUGAUUCCUCUACAUAUACAACAACUAUAUAGCUAAAUAUAUGUAUGUAUUUUUUAUUUCGUAAUUAUAAAAAUAAAUAAAAUUAAGAUUUAUGGAGAAAAAGCGCUGAAUUUGUGUGAAAUAAAAAAUAUUCUUUAACGAUUUUCCGAUGCUUAUUAUAUAAUUAACUCAUAUGUAACAUUUUUCUAUGUAUUGUGUCGUGAUUUGUAUCAACGAAAUUAGAAGACAUUUAAAUUUUUAAAUAACAGUUAAAUAUUAUAUUAUAAAAUAUUGUUCCGGUUAACGCACUACAAAGAAGCAUCGAUAAAUAAUUAAAUUUAGUAAAACACAACACACACACACACACUCUCUCUCUGUGCCUGUUUCUUUGGGCUACACCCACACAAUGCACUGUAAUUUUGAAAAUUAUAAACUUUUAAGAAACUUUUUUCAACACUUAAAAAGUAAAUGCACAUGACAGGAAUAAACACUAAAAUUCGCUUUGAAGCCACCAUUAAGUCGAUAGACAUAAAUGAGCUAAAUUGUACGCUAAAACAGAAUAAUAAAAAACAAAAAGAAACAAUGAUGAAUACCUAAAUAAGUACAUACACAAAAUGCUGUUAACAUUUCAAGUCCAAAUAAACGAAACUCUAUACAUUA